GUCGCAAGGCUCACAUCUUAAACAUCACAGAAGACCGUAUCAUUCUAGGGUUUCGGAACGUAAAUCCAAGAAAAAGGAACCCUAAUUUCUCAAAUUGAGGAAAAAUCACGAAAGAUGGGUGGAAAAUGCCCGCACCGGAGCGUGAAGAAGCGCCGCUACUCUCACAAAACUGCUCGACGCACCAAAUUUCUUCUUAAAGGCGACGAUGCUGUUUAUGAUGAGCUUCAUAAAACGGAAGGAGAUGGCAAACCCUUGCCUGUUGACGAAGAUCUCCCUGGAAUGGGCCAAUAUUAUUGUCUACACUGCGAUCGGUAUUUCCCUAACGUGGCCGUGAGGGAUGAGCAUUUCAAGACUAAAAAGCAUAGGAGGCGGUAUGUAUAUUUUGAUCGUCAUAUGCCUUCAUUUUUCAAUUGAUGGUGUUUAAAUAAU